UUUUUGACGUUUAGUCAGUCAUUCAUAAAUUUUUUAGUGACGAUAACAAUUCCUUUUUUUUUAUUUGCGUUUUAUAAUCAAAAUUCAUCAAUUUUAAUUCGAAAACAUAAAAUUAUCUCAAGUACAAACUUAAAUCAUUUCAAAUACACAAUAAAAAAAAAAACACCACUGCAUUGAAGGCACAAUAUCAAAAUGGCUGGCUCUGCACUCAGAAGAUUGAUGGCUGAAUACAAACAGCUAACACAAGAUCCACCAGAAGGUAUUGUAGCUGGACCUAUAAGUGAAGAUAAUAUUUUUGAAUGGGAAGCUCUGAUAGCCGGACCAGAAGGCACCUGCUUUGAAGGCGGUGUAUUUCCAGCCAAAUUGGUAUUUCCCCCAGACUAUCCGCUAAGCCCUCCAAAAAUGAAAUUCACAUGCGAAAUGUUUCAUCCGAACAUCUUUCCAGAUGGACGAGUAUGUAUAUCUAUUCUUCAUGCACCCGGUGACGAUCCGAUGGGAUACGAACUCUCUGCAGAACGUUGGAGUCCUGUCCAGAGUGUUGAGAAAAUUUUACUUAGUGUUGUAUCCAUGUUAGCCGAACCAAAUGAUGAAUCAGGUGCAAAUGUUGAUGCAUCAAUUAUGUGGCGAGAGCAUAGAGAUAAAUUUACUGAGAUUGCAAGACGAUUAGUUCGAAAGUCUUUGGGACUUCCAACAUAAAUUAAUAAAUAAAAAAAACAAAAA